UGCUCAGACUAAGGACCAGGAAUGGGUCCCCAGGAAGAGCACAAACCUCUUCCAAAGCAUGGAGACCCUGGAGAGACAUCUGUGCCCUACUGCAAGAACUGUGGGUGUCUGUGCCAGCCUUUUUGGUGAGCGCAGAGCAACGGAAAGAAGACUAGACAAGUAAAGCAGAUCCCCAGCCUCACAACAACCUCCCACAGCCAACGGAGCCCCGUGUGGACCCCAGGGCCUGGCAUAGGUUUGACAGCUCUUCUGCAGAUGGAUCCUCACAACAUGUCCUGGGUCCGCUACCCGAGCCAUGUGUCCCCGGCCGUGGAGGAUGUCAUUGCAGCACAGAGCAUCAUAUCCAGGUGUACACAUGUGUAUAUCAUUGUGUGUGUCCCACUGAGCCUGGCAACGGGGCUCUUCAACCUGAGCGUGUUCAUCCGGGACCACGUCAGGCUGGGGGCACUGGACAGAUUCCUUUUGGGCCUCACAGUCACUAGCAUCGUGGUGACACUGCUGUCCCUCAGUGCCGCUAGCCGGCCCGACUAUGUGCUCACAACCAAUCUGGGCUGUGGGGCACUCUCUUUCUUCUCCAAUGUCUGCUAUUUCACCUCGCAGUACCUGCAGGGAGCCAUGCUGGCCCUGUCCCUCCUGCCCGGAUCCUUGGGCUGUCGGCUCUUGGCAAGGCCUAAGGCAGGCCUGGCUGCCAUUGGGGGCUGCGCUAUCUGUAGUUCAUUGAUUGUGGUGUCUCUGCUAGGCACAUCUGGAGAGCUGCAGAGAAUCACCAUGUGCCAGGUGGACCCACUGACUGCAUGGCCUGAAUAUGAGAUUGUCAAGUUCAGCCUGGGCUUCGCACCUGCCCUCGGUCUCCAGCUGGUACUCCUCCUCCUGUAUGCCACCUGGCGAGCUUGGCGAGUGGCUCCUGCCCAGAGGGAUGCAGCCUCUGGGUGCUGGGUGGUACUGGCUGUGGCUGUCAUCACAUUUGCCUGCCGACUCUUCUACAAUGUAGCACUGCUGAGGAGGGCUGGGCUGAAGCUUCGGAGGGAUGUGGGCUCCCCCAGGGAAGAGCUGCUCAUGAACCUUGCAGAGCUGGCCUUGUUUGGAGAGAGCUGCAUCAACUCAGUGGCCACCCUCCUCCUCCACAAGCCCUGCAGGCUCGCACUGCUGGGCCUCCUUGGGCACCUCACCCAGAAGUGCAGGCAGGGGACAGACAACAGUAUGUCCUUGAAUAGAGUGGGGGGCUAGGCAGGGCCUGCCUGCUGGCAUGAGCCAUGCCUCUUCCUGCUGUUCAGGCAAUGGACCUUACAAGGCCACAUGGGUUUUGGAUGGUGCUUAAUGAAUAUUAGCUUUCUGGUGUUCCAUCACCUGUGCAAAGCAAGAUGGGUCCUCUCUCCAGCUAACAGUCACCUCCAGGGACCCUCAGGCCAAGAAUGCCAGGACAUGGUACAGAGGUUGGUCACAGACCCGUGGGUCUGCCAGCGGAUGU